AUGACACGAUCAACAUCCUUACUUUACCAGCAUUUCACUUACAAUCCUCAAAACGCUCGGCACGGGUAUUCCUGGAAUUCUGUGGGAGGAAGUCAGAUAAUCUCCAUUGGAGGUGUGGACUCCAAUUCCAACAUCACGGGUGCAGCCCCACCAGAAAUGAUCAGAAGUCCUUUUGACAGCAUACCCGACCCUUUCGCUCAGGGGCUGGCAAUAUUUGACGUGACAACAUUGAGUUUUGCCAAUCAGUACACCGCCGGCGCCACAGUACGAGCAGCUGGAAGUGUUGAAGCAAUUUUACGCACAAUCACAACGAAUAGCCUUUCUCAUUUCUGUGGCCGCCGUAAUAGUCGAAACUCGUUUCAAUGGGCGAAACCCACAACUGCGUCCGAAAUAGCAAAGGAGCCUCAUGGAGCAGACCUCAACGUGCUGGAGAUGCAUGAGGACGCUCGUCCAAUCGAGCUCACUUAUUUGGCCUUACAGGAGCUGAACGAGCAGAGCUUGCAGGAGAUGGAGCAGCCAGGACCGCUUGUAGAACUCCAUGCGCACAAGCCUUCGGAGAUGCAGCUCAACAAAGACUAUCGCGGAAACGGAAGGCUUCAAGCCAGAGAUUCUGCUGUUGUUAAGCCAGUACGAAACGGAAACCAGGACCAGUCAAUCGGGUUAGGGAGUGUCCGCGGUUUUGGCUCAGCAACUUCGCCGGGGUCUGGCGGCGACCAGUCGUCCCCUCACGAACGAGUGCCUGAGAGGCACGCAUACUCUAACGACGUUAUAUUCUCUUCGCCCCUUGUGAUAAUCUCGCCGGAGUACAAUGAUGUCAGAUUGUCACGUAUGUACGAUCCAUACGAAGUGCGAGAAGCGAAAGUUCCGGCGCGGCUCUUCCUCGAAGCAUUCGCGGCCGUGCAGUUGAACUGCUUUGAGAGGCUGCUAGCUGGUACCGAGAGCUCCGGUUGA